GGUGACAGCAUCAAUGUGGUGCCUUAAUAAUGCCUGCAGCCAAAGUACAUAGAUCAAAAUCAAAUUUUUGAGGUAAAGAGAUUCAUCCGGGCACGGUGGACGCGCCGUCGAAACGAAAGAUUGAAGGUGUUUGCGAUAAUGCCCAAGUGAAACUGCCGGUUCCGGAGACUCGUGUCGCGAUCGGCAGCUGCUUCUUGGGUGUCUUUUUUUAGAGUUGGCUACUUGGAGGGCUGUCGCAAGCUGCUGUCUGCUUCUUCCACCGUUAAACUCCAGCUCAAACCUGGGAAAGAAGGGAAGUAAAGAGACAUCUUUGUAUGCAUAGCGUGAUUGCUAGACGUUGGUUUUGCACCGGGGCUCCACGGCCAUGGCUCUUCGUCGGCUUGGGCAAUCCCGGAGAUAAGUACAGAGGAACCAGGCAUAAUGUAGGGUUUGAAAUGAUAGAUGCUUUUGCCGAAUCGCAAGGGAUUCCGAUGAGCACGGUCCACUGCAAAGCUAUGUUCGGGCAAGGUUUUGUUGAUGAUGUCCCUGUGUUCCUCGCAAAGCCUCAGACUUACAUGAAUCUGAGCGGCGAAUCGGCAGGACCUCUAGCUGCUUAUUAUAAGCUGCCUCUUAAUCGGGUGCUUGUGUUUCAUGAUGACAUGGACUUGCCAUGUGGGGUGCUUCGGCUUCAACUUAAAGGUGGUCAUGGAAGUCACAAUGGGCUGAAGAGCGUAAUAUAUCAUUUUCGUGGGAACAGAGAAUUUGCUCGGCUGAGAAUUGGUAUUGGCAGGCCUCCUGGGCAGAUGGAUCCCAAAGCAUUCUUGCUUCAAAAAUUCAAUAGGACAGCGAGGGAGCGGAUUGACGUCGCUUUGCAAGAGGGAGUUGAUGCUCUGAAGCUUGUCCUGUCCAAAGGCUUGACAGAGAGUGCGAGAUGCUUCAACAGGGAACAAAAGUACAAGCAUAUAAGAUUGCAAAACCUGCCUACAUAAAAAAAAAUAGGUAUCUACUGUAGCUUAGAGGAAAUUUCUUUUUUAAACUUUUCUCUUGGUCUGGCUUCUAUAUCUUUCUUCAACAGUGUGUGAGUGGCUCAUGUCUGCUUUUGGCUGAUAUCAUGGGGAGCAUAUUCAUUUUCCGAAGAAGAAUGUGAAAAUGCUGUAUUGCCAUCCUUUCCAUAAUGUUUGAUACUCACACAAGACAUGCUUAGCUGACUAGCAGCUUAAAGAUGAAGUUGCUUGAGUAAGUAUACAUGGAUGACUAUCAUUUGUAAGAAUUAUUUUACUGAUUAAGCCUAGUUAGUCUUUC